UUGAGCUUCUUCGUCGUCGCGAACGGUAGAAAGAGGGGGAAAGGAAAAGUUAGUCCUUUUGGCUGAUAGGUCGCUCCGCCUUCUGUGCCUUCUCUGCUCCUUCGCCUUGCUCCGAGUCGAAAGCCGCCCGAUCGAUCUUCGUCGACGAGGGAUCCGCACUCGGGGAGCUGCUCUGUCGGCGGGCGCGAGGGGCGGGGCGUAGCGUGGCGAGGAUCGGCUUGCCUUAAGUGGGAAGGUGGAACGCGCCAGGGAAUUGGGAGGUUGAUACGGGUUUGGAUCCGGUAGUGGGAGCGGCGUCUGCCGCCGGUGGAAGAGCCGGCGGAUGGCGUUGUUCAGGAGGCUUUUCUACCGGAAGCCGCCGGAUCGGCUGCUGGAGAUCUCGGAAAGAGUCUAUGUGUUUGAUUGCUGCUUCUCGGUUGAAACUCUUGGGGAACAAGAAUACAGUGAAUACUUGAAUGGCAUAGUCACCCAACUGAAUGAUUACUUCCCAGAAGCUUCGUUCAUGGUGUUUAAUUUUAGAGAAGGUAAUCAAAGGAGCCACAUCUCGGACAUUUUAUCUGACUAUGGCAUGACAGUCAUGGACUAUCCUGUCCAGUAUGAAGGGUGUCCUCUUCUUCCACUCGUGAUGAUCCACCACUUUUUGAAGUCAAGCGAAAGCUGGCUGUCACUGGAAGGGCAACAUAAUGUGUUACUAAUGCACUGUGAGAGAGGAGGUUGGCCGGUGCUUGCUUUCAUGCUUGCUGGUUUGCUCCUUUACAGAAAGCAGUACACCGGAGAGCAUAAGACUCUUGACAUGGUGUAUAAACAAGCCCCCAAGGAAUUACUCCAUCUUUUGACCCCAAUAAACCCACAAUCUUCUCACCUGAGAUAUCUUCAGUACAUAGCAAGACGAGGCAAUGCAUCAGAAUGGCCUCCAAAAGACAUGCCUUUAACCUUGGAAUCAUUGAUUCUCAGGGUAAUACCCAAUUGUAAUGGGGAAGGAGGUUGCAGACCAAUGGUUCGCAUCUAUGGUCAAGAUCCUUUGGCUCCCAAUAGGAAUCCAAAGAUCCUCUUUGCAACUCCUAAGACCAAGAAGUUCAUUCGAAACCACAAGCAGGGGGAGGAGAUGCCAUUAAGGAUAAAUACCCAUUGUCGCAUUCAAGGAGAUGUAGUUAUGGAGUGCAUCCAUAUGGAUAAAGAUCUAGAACACGAGAAGAUGAUGUUCAGGGUGAUGUUCAACACAGCUUUUGUCCAAUCUAAUAUUCUGAUGCUCUCGCGUGAGGAAAUUGAUGUCGUGUGGAAUUCUGAGGAACAUUUUCCUAGAGAUUUCAAAGCUGAGGUGAUAUUUUCAGACUUUGAUGCUUAUGAAUCUGAUUCAAGUUCAGAUACAUUGGUUGAAGAUGGUAAUGAAACAGAAGGUACUUUUACUGAAGCUGAGGAGUUCUUUGAGGCAGAGGAAAUUUUUACUAAUGCAGAUUGGCAUAAUGCAAAUCGAGAUUCUGAAGCAGCAAAAGCUGAAAGUGGAACUUCCACAGAUGGUAGGAAUACCACGUCAGAAACAUACAGUUUAACUGGUGGAACAAUAAAUAGGUUUGAGCAAAGCAAAGAUAAAGAGGAUUCAAAUACAAGAGGUUCCAAUAAGUUAGCAGGUUUUGUUGUGGAAAUGACAAUGGAGAAAGCUCCUAGUAUGCCAGGUCCAGAUGAGACCCAUUCUGAAUUUGGCAAACUUGAGCAUGAUGAUGAUAUUGUGACAGAGAAAUCAGUUACUUCAGAAUGUAUGGUUCAUAUUGAAGAGAAAGGUGUGAUAGAAAGCAGCACAAGUCAACAGAACUUCAAGGAAGUAGCUUCUCCAUUUUUCGAAGAAAAAAAAAUUAUUAGCACGCUUAAGGUUGAUUCUGAAGAUGUAUCAAAGAAGAGUACCAAUCUUAUCUAUAAGAAUCCAAGUCAAGACACAAUUGGUCAUGAAAGAGAGACCGACUCUAGCAGACUUCAAGAGAAAGUCGAACAUUAUAGUGUAAGUACAUUAAGAACCCCACCAGAGACUGUAACUAAAUUUCCUACUGCCUCUAUCAUUAGUGAUGGUAAAAUUAUCAGUGAAAAUUCCAUAUCUCUGGAUGACACUUUUACUUGUCACGAGAAGAACAUAGUAGAAGUCAGCAAAUUCAAACAUGAGGAGAAGGAAAUUAUUGCAGUUGAUGUUGAAGUGAAGAAUAUAGUUGAAACCUUGAAACCUGCAGAUAACCAUGUUAUUGAAAAGACAAUGACCUCAUGUAAUAUGAUUUCUAGGAAUGAAAUUGCAACUGAUACAGCAAAAGCAUUACCAGAAAAAAUUGACCCAAAAUUUGAUAAUGUUACCACGAGUAAAACCCUGGUUGACAAUGGUUGCGAUCAAGAGGGACAAAAUAUAUCAAGAGAAGUGAAGUGUAAAUCCAAAAAGGAAACAGAAAACUCUGUUACUCAAAAGAAAGCAGAGACCAAGACCCUUAUUCAGAAGUCAAAAAAUAAUGAACAGAAGCAAACUUCAGAAGUAUAUCAGCAUUUGACAAUGAAGAAACCAUUAACCAGCACAACGCAACCUGAUUCUCCAGUAUGCAAACCAAUUGUCAAGAAACUGGACUCUUCAGUAGGUCCAAAGAAAUCGACAAAGCCCAAAACAAAUGCUAGGUGGAUCUCACCAAAAAAAGACUCUGAUGCUACGUUAGUGUAUAUUCCACCCCACCCUCCAUCAAGAUAUAAUAGUGCACCUCCUGCUCUGGCCAUCUCUGCAGCUCAAGGGCCAAUGUUGUCUUCAAUCGAGGAAGUACUUCAAUCUUCUUCAGGGUUGAGCACUCUACCUGCCUCUGGAAAUCCACCUCCCAUGUCACAAGUUCAUGAUAGUUCACCUCCACCGCCACCGCCCUUUUCUUUUGCUACUCCAAAGACAGAAAAUGUUGAUACCAUAUAUGCUACGUCACUAAUUCAUUCAUUGCCUUUGCAACCACUGCCACCACCUACUCCACCACCAUUUUCCUCAUUUGGAAUCUCAGAUGAAUCUUUCCAGAUAUCCUCCCAAACCUCACCUUUAGUAACCAAUGUUUCUUAUAUAAAGGUUACACCACCCCCACCUCAUCCUCCUCUUCCAUCCAGUAAAAUUGACUGCUAUGUCACACAUUCAGCACCUCCAUUAGGAGCAUCAAGUGGAGAUCCAUUAAUUCCUUCAUCUUCACCUAUGAUGUCUAAAACAUCCACUAGUUAUUUGCCAUCCCCAUCGAUCAAUCCUCCACCAACACCACCACCACCUCCACCUCCACCUCCACCUCCCUCAGCAAUAUCAUGCAAUAGUUCUUUGACUCCCCCUCCCACUCCCAAUCCCCCUCCCACUCCCAAUCCACCUCCAUCUACAAGAAUUUGUUCUAGUCCUCCUCCACUACCAUCACUUUCAUUGUCGAAUGGUUAUACUAAAGCUCCUUCAAUGGCAUCUCCUCCACCAUCACUGCCUCCUUUGCCUCUCUCAAGUUCUUCAAAGUUUCCUAGUGGUUCCACUCUUAUACCACCUUCUUCUCUAGUACGUGGGGUUCUUUCACCACCCCCACAACCACCAUUAGCACAUGAUAAUAUUCCUUGCCCACCUCUGCCUCUGCCUCCUCCUAAAUCACACGGUGCUUCUCUUCCUCCACCACCUCCUCCUCCUCCUCCAAACUCACAUGCUCCUCCUCCUCCUCCUCCUCCUCCUCCUCCACCACCACCUCUUUCUAACUCACAUGGUGCCCCUCCACCAUCAUCACCUCCUUCAAACUCACGUGGUGCUCCUCCUCCUCCACCGCCACCACCUCCCAAUCCACACAGUAUUCCUCCUCCUCAUCCUCCUCCACCACCACCACCACUACUUCCUAACUCACGUGGUGCUCCUACUCCUCCUGCACCACCACCACCACCACCACCACCACCACCACCACCUCCUUCCACUAAUUUGCAUGGUGUUCCUCCUCCUCCUCCUCCACCUCCUGGACCACGAAGUAAUUCCCCUCCAUCGAUGCCACCUCCACUUUCUCCUCUAGGCCCACAAGUUAGUGCUCCUCCUCCUCCACCACCUCCGAGUUCAUGUGCACCACCUCCACCCCCUCUAGGACCACGUGGUGGUCCUUCUCCUCCUCCUCCUCCUCCUCCCGGUCCACGUGGAAGUGCACCUCCUCCACCUACGCCACCUCGGGCACCAGGCACACCACCACUUCCACCAACCAAUGGCCAAGUUGAUUCAAGAGGGGUAUUUCCCAAUGGAGGAAGAGGUCGGGGGCUCACACGUUCUACAGCCUUAAAUGGAUCAAGUUUGGUGCCCCGUAGGUCAUCGUUAAAACCAUUACACUGGGUGAAAGUAACAAGAGCUGUUCAAGGAAGUUUAUGGGCUGAGCUACAAAGAUCUGGCGAUGCUUCAAGUGCUUCAGAAUUUGAUGUUUCAGAACUUGAAAGCCUCUUUUCAACUGUGGUUUCAAAAACAGAUGAUAGCUCAACAUCUGAUGGACGCCGUAAAUCUGUUGGAUCAAAAUCAGAUAAAGUCCACCUAAUUGAAUUGAGGCGUGCCAAUAACACUGAAAUCAUGCUGACAAAGGUCAAGAUGCCACUUCCUGAUUUGAUGAGUGCUGCUCUGGCAUUGGACGAUUCAAUUUUAGAUGUUGAUCAAGUGGAGAAUCUCAUCAAAUUUUGUCCAACUAAAGAGGAAAUGGAACUCCUAAAGGGUUAUACUGGUGACAAGGAAAGACUUGGCAAGUGUGAGCAGUUUUUCUUGGAGUUGAUGAAAGUUCCAAGGGUGGAAUCCAAAUUAAGAGUUUUCUCUUUCAAGAUUCAGUUUGGUUCUCAGGUUUCUGAACUUAGACAAAGUCUGAACACUAUAGAUUCUACUUGUGCGGAGAUUCGCAAUUCUGAUAAACUGAAGGAGAUCAUGAAGAAAAUUCUUUUCCUUGGUAAUACCUUAAAUCAAGGAACUACAAGAGGCUCAGCUAUUGGCUUUCGCUUGGACAGCCUUCUUAAACUUACUGACACUCGAGCUACUAACAAUAAGAUGACACUUAUGCACUAUUUGUGCAAGGUAAUUGCUUCAAGAUCUCCAUCUCUUUUGGAUUUUCAUGAGCAUCUUAGUAGCUUGGAAGCGGCAUCAAAGAUUCAAUUGAAAUCUUUGGCUGAAGAAAUGCAGGCUAUUGUCAAGGGUUUAGAAAAGGUUGAGUUGGAACUGAAUGCAUCUGAAAAUGAUGGCCCUGUGUCAGAAAUCUUCCGAAAAACCUUGAAGGAAUUUAUUGUUGUUGCUGGAGCUGAGGUACAAUCAUUAACAACACUCUAUACAGCAGCGGGUAGAAAUGCUGAUGCCCUUGCCCUAUAUUUUGGUGAAGAUCCUGCACGCUGUCCCUUUGAACAAGUUAUAGCUACACUUUCAAAUUUUGUAUUGUUGUUCCGUAAAGCACAUCAGGAGAACUGCAAGCAAGCUGAACUUGACAGAAAGAAGGCUGAAAAAGAGAGAGAGAUGGAAAAGUCUAAAACUCUGAUCCAGAACAGUAAAGAUGACUUGAAGGAAUCAAGUUUGAGCCAGCAGUUGACACAAGCAAAGGAGAAGGUUAACUCUAAAAACAGAAGCGAAAAAGACAUUAGAUGACCUCUAAGUGCUCAACGUUGGUUUGUAUCCCGGUUUCUUCCUAGCAGUGAAAUCCAUGAUCCCGUAAAAUCAUGCAAGGCAUCAUAUGAACAAUGGAGAAGGCAGAAUUAAAAAUGUGUGCGCUUUGAAGCACAGUAGACAAGGGUUAAGAAUAGGACCCAGUCUUUGAGGUCUUUGCACAGGGAAUAUCUUUCCAAUGAUCUCAUCUGAUGCUUGCGUUCUACCUCCAUGCCAUGCACGAGCUAUUCGCUUCUUUAUUAAUUGUAGAAGCCCAAGGAUUUGAGAAUUGGAGGUCACAUCUUAUGACCUAUGGCUGGUCAAGCAACUUCAACUCACUGUAGUACCUGUACAGAGCUAAUCCCUUGGUUUGUUUGAUUCUUUAUUUAUUAUUUUUUUUGUAAAAUAGUGAUAUUUCCCUCACUAUGUAUAUUAGGUUUCAAGGUAUUUGAAAGUAAAUGUGAAUAGAGCCCAAUUUUAAUGGGAAAGGCUCUGACCGGGGCCUAAUUUUUCCUAA